CUGACUUUUGAGGAUAUUGCCAUCUAUUUCUCGGAGCAAGAAUGGCAGAAUCUAGAGACUUGGCAGAAGGAGCUUUAUAAGCACGUUAUGAGAAGUAAUUAUGAGACUCUUGUCUCUUUAGAUGAUAGACUUCCCAAACCAGAACUGAUAUCCUGGAUUGAACAGGGUGCAGAGCCCUUCAGGAAUUGGAAAGAAUCACAGAAAUCAGGAAAUAUAAUUUGCUCCUCUGCUGAUUUGCAUUUUGAUCCAGUUAUUAAGGGACAGCUGUUUUGGGGAAGCCAGCAAGCUGUGAAUUCAGGACAAACUAAAUGCUAUCUUCAGUUAGAUCUUCUUCAGAGCCAGUAUUCCUUUGGACACUUUUUAGGAGAAAGAGAAGAUGUUUCCUGUAGGCCUGACCAAGACAUCACACUCAUGAGUUCACAGAGACACAACACAUGGGCUCUGACUCUACCAGUACACAGCUCCAGCGACUCUACCCAAAAAGAAGGAAUCCCAAGUCCCAGAAAUCUGAGUCUCCCUGAUUUGCAGGAAGUCCCUGCCUGGGAGACCACUCAGCACCCUUGCCCUGUCUGUGGGGAAAGCUUUUGGAAGAAGAACCAUUUGGUAAAGCACCAGAGGAGCCACUCAAAGGACCCACCAUGUAGGACCUGGAAGGAGUUCAAUAUGCAAACUGAGGGACUACCGCAUCGGAUGCCUUGGGCCAAAAGGCACUUUCGCUGUCCCGAAUGUGGGAAGAACUUCCGCCUGAAGCAGUAUCUGCUGAAACAUCUGACUGCCCAUACAGGGAAGAGCCCAUUCCAGUGUUCUGAAUGUAAAACGUGCUUCCGACAUGAGCAAACUCUUCUCAGCCAGCACCUUGUGCACAAGGGGGAGAAGUCUUCCCAGUUCCCCAAGUGCAACAAGAGCUUUCUCCCAGGGGACAGCAGGCAGGUUCACCAGUACCAGCACAGCGGAGAGAGGCCCACCUCCUGGAGUGAAAGCCUCAGCCCCCUUGCCAGUGUGCAUUCAGGGCAGAAACCAGGCUUGUGCCUGGACUGGGAGGGGCGCUGCCACUGGGAUGGGGACACAGAGGCGCUGCAGCAUGACCAUGGCACUGAGAGUCCCUGCUUAUGCACAGAGUGUGGCAAGUGCUUUCCUACAAGGACCAGGCUCACCAGCCACCUCAGGGUGCACACGGGAGAAAAGCCUUUCCACUGCCCGCGGUGUGACAAGUGCUUCCACCUGCGUGGCCCACUGGAGGUCCACCAGCGUGUGCACAACAGAGAGAGACUGUUCUGCAGGAAGUGUGGCAAGGGCUUCACCAAACAGUGUAAGCUCACGGAGCACCUUCGAGUCCAUAAUGGGGAGAAACCUUUCUGGUGUGCCGAGUGCGGCAGGAACUUCCGUCAGAGGGGACAGCUGCUGAGGCACCAGCGGCUGCACACAGAUGAGAAGCCCUUCCAAUGCACAGAGUGUGAACUGAGCUUCCGCCUGAAGAGCAUGUUGAGGGCCCACCAGCUCCGGCACAGCGGAGAGAGGCCAUUCUCCUGCAAUGAGUGUGGCAGAGGCUUCACCCACCAGUGUAAGCUCCGUGAGCACCUGAGAGUGCACAGUGGAGAGAGGCCCUUCCAGUGCCCAGAGUGUGACAAGAGCUUCCGCCUGAAAGGCAUCUUGAAGGCCCACCAGCGCACCCACAGCAAGGAGAGGCCGUUCUCGUGUGGGGAGUGUGGCAAGGGCUUCACCAGGCAAUCCAAGCUCACAGAGCACUUCCGCGUGCACAGUGGAGAGAGGCCCUUCCCGUGCCCUGAGUGCAGCAGGAGCUUCCGCCUGAAGGGGCAGCUGCUCAGCCACCAGCGGCUGCACACGGGAGAGAGGCCCUUCGGGUGCCCGGAGUGUGGCAAGAGCUAUCGCGUGAAGGCCGACAUGAAGGCCCACCAGCUGCUGCACAGCGGGGCAAUGCCAUUCUCUUGUCAGUGUGGCAAGGGCUUUGCUAAACAGUCUAAACUUGUUGAGCACAUCAGGACACACACAGGAGAGAAGCCUUUUCAGUGUCCCAAAUGUGACAAGAGUUUCCGCCUGAAGGCCCAGCUGCUCAGCCACCAAGGCCUGCACACAGGGGAGAGACCUUUCCACUGUCCUGAGUGUGGCAAAAACUUCCGGGAACGGGGACACAUGCUUAGGCACCAGCGCAUACACAGACCUGAGAGGCCCUUUGCCUGUGGUGAUUGUGGGAAGGGCUUCAUUUAUAAGUCUAAACUCGCUGAGCACACCAGAGUGCACACAAAAUCCUGUCGUGCUCCAAGUGAGCCUGACAUUAAGAAAAGGCUCAGCCAGCUGUUUGCAAUGAUAGAGGCUGACUGGAGUUGAGGCAGAGCGUGACAUCCAAAGCUGUGAGCAGAGCUGAUGCUGCCUGGGGUCUGCAGCAGUUGUCUCCAAACCCACUGGUAGACAGAUUUUAGGAGCAGGGGCCCUUCUUUGAGCAAGAAUGUAACACGUGUGAGCUCAGAAUUAGGAAUAUGAGGAACCACAGAUGAUUUUCUCUUCUGAAACAUUACCAACUGUAUUUCCUAUCCAUGAUAAAAAGGUGUUUGUUCUUCCUACCAUCUUGGGUGUCAUUUUUGUGCAAAUGCUAAGCUAGCUCUAAAGUCUCGAAUUAAUAAAGAAGGAAAUGCACCAGUGCCAUUCUCAAAACC